CCUCCCUCACUGGCUUGGAUUUGACGAAGCGAAUAAGAAAGAAGAAGAAGAAGAAGAGCCUGAGAAACCGGGAAAGCCAAGUCGCCAUUUUUUCUUUUAUGACGCGGUGGUUUACGCGGUUAAGGAAAAUCCACUCUGAUACGAUUGUUCUCCUGCUAUUCCUGUUUUUGGGUUAUUGUGUGUGUCCCCAGAAACAUAUCCCAGUUGCUCUGCUGCCUCGUCGAGGUAAUUCUUUGAUCCCUUUCCUCGCGUCUCCAAUUCCUGAUUCGCAUAGGGUUAGGUGAUUUGCGGGAAACAAAGAACAAUUGGGAAAGAUCACACAUUUUUCUUCUAAGCUUCUGAUCUUCAAUGGAUCACAAUGGUUCCUCAGCUCAAUACCCAUAUCCGUAUCCUUACCACCCGCCUCCGCCGGGAAAUCCCCCUCCCCCGAAUUACCAAUACCCACCUCCCAAUUUAGAUCCACAUCCCUCCUAUAAUCAUCAACCUUACCCUUAUCCGUACCCUCCAUCUUACGGCUACCCUCCGCCGUCUGCAUAUCCAGCUCCGGCGACCUCCUAUCCCUCGCAUCCCCCGCCAGAUGCUUAUCCUUCAGCUCCUCCUCCGCCGCCGCCUACUUCUGAAACGCCACCGAAUUCAACCACUCCUUUCACGCCAUUGGAGUAUCAACAUCAUUAUCCCCCGAACCAUCAUCAGUCUCCACAGUUUUCCAAUCCUCAUCUCCAGCAUCAAAGCAGCUUCCAACAUGGUUCCUCUGCAUCUUAUUAUUACCCUCACCUUCCUGCAAUUUCAACUCAUGGAGGGAGUAGCUUUCCUGGACAUGGUAGACAUGAGAGCUGUCCUCCUUUGGGGACUGGAUCAUCCACUCAUCAGGACAAUCUUUGUGAUACGCCCAGUUCAAAUUCGUCGUAUUCACCCUACCCACCUCUAGAUGACAUGUUGAGUAAUGUGCAUCUGAAUGACCACGAAGCUCGUCCUUCCGCCCCUGCAUCACCUGCAUCAUCUUUAAUUCCAGCAUUGCCCGGCUCUCCUUCACUCAGCCAUCAAACUUCCAGUAUGGGAUAUUAUAGGCAAGAAGCAGGAUUCUAUGGUUAUCCUAAUGACUCCUUUUCAAGUCACUAUGAAGGAGCCUAUUUGGGCCACGUAGAUUCUUUUGGUUCUGCUUCACCUUAUGCUACGGCUUCGCCUUCUGCUCAUGUGCAUUCGCCUUCAUUUGAUGGUUCACCACAAGGCACAUCCCUCCAAAUUGUCCCGUUUGGUACUAAAGGGUCCUUGAGGGUUUUGUUGCUGCAUGGGAAUCUGGAUAUUUGGGUUUAUGAUGCCCAGAAGCUUCCAAACAUGGACAUGUUUCACAAGAGAUUGGGGGAUAUGCUGAAUAAGUUCCCUGCAAAUUUAAGCAACAAAAUAGAAGGACAAGUGAGUGACAAGAUUACUAGUGAUCCUUAUGUCUCGAUCUCAGUAGGGCGUGCUGUUCUGGGGAGAACUUAUGUGCUUAGCAAUAGUGAAAAUCCUAUUUGGUGCCAACAUUUUUAUGUUCCUGUUGCACAUCAUGCUGCUGAAGUGCACUUUGUGGUCAAAGACAGUGAUGUGGUUGGUUCACAAUUGAUAGGAGCUGUCUCAAUCCCAGUGGAGCAAAUAUAUUCAGGGUCCAAAAUAGAAGGUAUUUACCCGAUUCUCAACAGCAGUCGAAAACCAUGCAAACCUGGUGCUAUGCUAAGGAUUUCGAUUCAGUACAUACCCAUGGAAAGGUUGAGCAUUUACCAUCAUGGUGUUGGGGCUGGUCCUGAUUAUCAAGGGGUUCCAGGCACAUAUUUUCCUCUAAGGAAAGGUGGAAGAGUGACACUUUAUCAAGACGCACAUGUACCGGAUGGGUUUCUUCCGAAUCUGAACCUUGAUAAUGGGAUGUCCUAUGUGCAUGGUCAGUGCUGGCGAGAUAUCUUUGAUGCAAUACGACAGGCUAAGCGUUUGGUCUAUAUUACUGGGUGGUCAGUGUGGCACAAAGUUAGACUUAUCAGGGAUGCUGCUUGUCCUUUUGAUAGUUCCUUGGGGGAGCUUCUCCGAUCCAAGUCCCAGGAGGGAGUAAGAGUUCUGCUUCUUGUUUGGGAUGACCCUACAUCAAGGAGUAUUUUGGGAUACAGAACAGAUGGAAUUAUGGCAACGCAUGAUGAGGAAACACGGCGUUUCUUUAAACACUCAUCGGUGCAGGUAUUGCUUUGCCCCCGCAUUGCUGGGAAGAAACAUAGCUGGGUCAAGCAGAGGGAAGUUGAAACUAUCUAUACGCACCAUCAGAAGACCGUAAUCGUAGAUACUGAUGCUGGCUAUAAUAGGAGAAAAAUCAUGGCAUUUGUUGGUGGCCUUGAUCUAUGUGAUGGCCGAUAUGACACUCCCCAUCACCCACUAUUUAGGACACUCGAGACUGUCCAUAAAGAUGAUUAUCACAACCCUACUUUCACGGGAAGUGUUUCUGGCUGCCCGAGAGAACCAUGGCAUGAUUUGCACAGUAGAAUUGACGGUCCAGCGGCAUAUGAUGUUCUCACCAACUUCGAAGAGCGCUGGUUCAAGGCUGCCAAACCCCGUGGACUGAAAAAGCUGAAAACUUCAUAUGAUGAUGCUUUAUUAAGGAUAGACAGGAUUCCUGAUAUAGUGGCAGCUUCUGAUGCUCCUUGUGUGGGUGAGAAUGAUCCAGAAACUUGGCAUGUCCAGAUCUUUCGUUCAAUUGACUCAAAUUCUGUUAGAGGCUUCCCAAAGGAUCCGAAAGAUGCCACGCCAAAGAAUCUGAUGUGUGGAAAGAAUGUAUUGAUUGAUAUGAGCAUCCACACAGCAUACGUGAAAGCUAUCCGCGCUGCCCAGCACUUCAUAUACAUCGAGAACCAGUAUUUCAUUGGGUCUUCGUACAACUGGAGUUCAUAUAAAGAUUUAGGUGCUAAUAACUUAAUCCCAAUGGAAAUCGCAUUGAAAAUUGCCGAUAAAAUUAAAGCACAUGAGAGAUUUGCUGCCUACAUUGUCAUUCCAAUGUGGCCAGAAGGAGUUCCAACAGGUGCUGCUACCCAAAGAAUUCUUUUUUGGCAGCAUAAAACCAUGCAAAUGAUGUACGAGACAAUUUCCAAGGCUUUGGUGGAGGCUGGUUUGGAGGAUGCAUUCUCACCUACAGAUUAUUUGAACUUCUUCUGUCUUGGAAAUCGUGAGGCCAUCAACCCCAAUGACUCUGCAGGUUUAUCGAGUCCUCAUGCUGCAAAUUCUCCUCAGGUAUAUUUUUCUCUUUCUACCUCUGCUCUUGAUUACUGGAACCAUAGCCGGAGGUUCAUGAUUUAUGUUCAUUCGAAAGGGAUGAUAGUUGACGAUGAGUAUGUGAUCCUGGGUUCUGCAAACAUAAAUCAACGUUCGAUGGAGGGCAGCAGAGAUACAGAGAUUGCAAUGGGAGCAUAUCAACCUCAACAUACUUGGGCAAGAAAACAACGAACCCCACUUGGACAGAUUCAUGGGUACAGGAUGUCGCUGUGGGCAGAGCAUCUUGCAACAGUUGAGGACUGCUUCACGCAGCCAGAGGGUCUUGAUUGUGUGAGAAGGGUUCGGUCCAUGGCGGAGUUAAACUGGAAACAGUUUCUGGAUGAUGAGGUAACAGAGAUGAGAGGGCAUUUGAUGAAGUACCCAGUUGAGGUGGAAAGGUCGGGCAAGGUGAAGCCUCUCCCUGGUUGUGAAACUUUCCCAGAUGUAGGUGGUAAUAUCGUAGGUUCCUUCAUUGCCAUUCAGGAGAAUCUGACCAUUUGAGUUUUUCUGAGAAGAGACCGUUUGAUUUUGAAUGUGGAAUGGAUGGGCUUUUCCAACACUCUAAAAUUGUAGGAAGAGGGAGUCGGUGUCUACAGGUUCUGCGUCGUGGAAGAGAGUUCUGGUUUCCCUUUUCUGAAGCCCAUGCCCCUUCAAAUCUCUCUUCUUCGUCGAGUUUUUGGUAGUGUGAAUUUUUUUUUAAAGAUGAAAUACAUGUAUAGCCAAUUUUUUUACUCUGACAAUUAUAGUCACACUUUAAUUUUUAAUAAUGAUAAAAUCUAGUCAGAUUAUAAUUUUCUUGGACAAUAAUUUUAGAAAUUUUAACCACAUUGAAGGUUAGGAGUGAUAAGUCAGUGGUUUUAUGUUUUGGUGGGUUUGGUAACAUCCAUUGUGGAGAGGUAAAAGAGAAAUGAUGGAUACUCAUCAAAGCAUUAUGUGGAUAAGUUGAGUGAUUGUUGAUGACGAACACUAAUCAAAUCAUUUUAGCCUUUACAUCCC